GUGCCAUUCUUUGGGAAUAGUCAUUUGCCUCUACAAAGGUUUAAUAAGUUGUGACGGUCUAUUCACUGUAUUCCAGUAGUCCUUUCAAGCUGUUCAUUUCAAAAAUAAAACAUUAAAUUCCAAGAAUCAAAGUUUCCAAGCAACCAAACCCAGCAAACAAAACUAUUGUACAUGAUAUUUACGUCUUUGUUGCCUGGGAAUCCUGUUGCUGCUCCACACCUCACUCUAAACACUUGCAAAACCCACUCACUGGUUCUUGCAGCUGCAGCUGCCUUGCAGUUUAGGAAAGAUCAAGUCACAAACAUGUAGAUCAGAGAGUUAUGAUUCCUGAGUGGCUGAGGCAGCGAUGAGUAAUCAAGAGGUGGUCGUUCUGAGCGUGGGAGGUGUGAGAUAUGUAACCCGGGCUUCUACCUUGCAGCAGUUCCCUGAGUCCAGGCUGGCACGGAUGUUGAACCAUGAUGACGGGGAAUUCAAACUGGUGAAUGGAGAAUUUUUUGUGGACAGAGAUGGAGCUUUGUUUAGUUACAUCAUGGACUUCUUGAGGACUCUACAGGUCUCCUUACCGACAGAUUUCUCAGACUAUCAGAGGCUGCGGAGAGAAGCAGAAUUCUAUGGACUCCACCCCCUGGCUGACCUCUUGAGCCAGGAACACUUGCUAAAGCCGAGGCUGGAGAUCUUGGAAGUGCGUUUUUCUCUCCAAGAAAUGCAGGCCUUCUUCCGGAUCUUUGGUUCCUGCAGUACCACUGUUGAGGCACUAGCUGAGCAGAUCACUGUGUUUACAGGGCAGCAGUCAGGACAGAGCUGGAGCAGCCCUUUUCCUUCUCAGAAAACACUCGUUCCACUCCCUUUGGAAAGACCUUCUCAUCACGACGUGGUUUUUCAGUGUGGUACUGAGUACUCUGCUGGGGACCAGUUUGUGGCAAGGUAUGUUUCCAUAAAGCCUGAUAAUAGGAAGCUGAUUAAUGGUACUAAUGUGCUAGGCCUGCUGUUUCACACUUUACUCAAAGAUGGAUUUCGCCUCAUAAGUGCCAGGACAGUGGCCAGUGAAGAAAAGGUUGAAUGCUACAGUUUUGAAAGGAUGAAGAGGCCAUCAGGCCUUACUGUCAUGGUGAACCAAACCCCAGGGAGCUCUGGGGUAGCACAGGCAAGGAGAGGCCAAAUGCAGAAAGGGAAAUAAAGGCUUUUCCUUUCAUCUUUUGAGGUGGAAGAAGGGUGUGUCAGCACUAGCGGCCUUUUUUUGUUGACUUGUUUGAAACUGCGACUAUUGAGGGAAGUAACAAACAAGCAAUUGGAAAAAAAUUGCUUUCCUGCCUUUCACUGCUCCACCCUCUUCAACUCUAAAUAAAAGAACCACGGAUUAAAUACUGGGUUUGUGGACCAGAUUCCAGCAUUUUCAAGGGUUGUUUUUGUUUUUCUCUGUGGCUAAGAUUUACAUAGGGACUCAAAAAGCAUCAGCCAUUUCUUCUUGAAAAUAAUUUUUAUAUUCUGUGCUAAUCUGUAAGUAGAUUUUAAGAACAUUGUAAUACGUGAAGAAAUAACAGCUUGACACAACUGUCAUCCCAACAGUUUGGAGAAGUGGCUGGAGGAGGAAUUCAAACCUCAAUGAUUGAUGAUUGCUUCUCCUUCUCACUGAAUCUCUUGCAAUUAUCUGAGAGCAGAGUAACGGGAAGAUCCCGAGUUGUGCUGCUGUGUGGCUUUGUGAAGCCAUCACCAGGCUCUGUGAAAUAACACAAUACUGUCUCUUGUAGAAUACUCCUCUGUCCUCCUCCCACUCUGAAGGCAUUAAGCUGUUCUUCAGUGCUGAGACUUAAAUGAUAAAGGUCUUUGUGAGCAAAGGGUCAGCUAAUUUCUAGAGCUUUAACCAUAAAAAGGAUGAAAAUGCGAUAACGGGUCCUUCAGAUGGAAGAGUUAGUACAGUUUUAAAUAAAAUAGUACAAAGGA